CAUAACCCCCUAUUUCUAUACCUAACAGAGGUAUUUCCAAGCACACCCCGCAUCGCCUUCCCAAAGUCCAUACCUCCUCUUCUUGCGGAGCCCCUAACGCCGUCGCAAGCCACGGCAGUAUGCACCGAGCUCGGCCUGAGCAUAUCCGAGUCUUCACCUACUGCUGCCCAGGAAUGCUCGCCUAUACCUGAGGUCUGCCCGAACGACGCCCCGGACCAUGUCUCCGUCUGCAGGCAGCCAACCACUAUCCCCGAAGAAACGCAAAAUCCGACCGGACUACGUUCGCGAUGCCCCAGGUUGACAACGAGAUCAAGGGUCGCCUAGCCCUCAUAACAGGCGCUUCGGGAGGAAUCGGCGCGGGAUGCGCCCGGGACUUGUGGGCGCACGGCGCUUCGCUAGCUCUGACGUACUUCCGGAACCACCAGCCCGUCGACGACCUGGCCGCGGAGCUCCUCGGGUCUGAGGGCGGCGGGGGCCGCAAGAUCACGGUCCACCGCAGCGGGCCGGACAUCCUGGUGUCGAACGCGGGGUACGGCAAGCGGCUGCCCGGGAUCCUGGACGUGAGCCUGGAGGAGUUCGACUACACGCUCAGCGUGAACCUGCGGGCCUCCUUCCUGCUCACCAAGCUGAGCAUCCCCCACAUGGAGGCGCGGGGGUGGGGGCGCGUCGUCUUCGUCUCGUCGAUCGCCGCGCAGGGCGGCGGCAUCAACGCGUGCCACUACGCCGCCUCCAAGGCCGGCCUGACCGGCAUGAUGAGGAACCUGGCCGCGAAGCACGCCAGGUCCGGCAUCACCGUCAACGACGUCGCGCCGGCCAUGAUCGGCGAGACGGGCAUGAUCCCCGACGAGAAGUCGGUCGAGGGUACGCCCGGCGACGUGAGGAACAUCCCCGUCGGCCGUCUGGGGACGCCGCAGGAAUGCGCAAACGUCGUCACGAUGCUGUGCCGGACGGGCUACUUGACGGGCCAGAGCAUCCUGCUGAGCGGCGGGCUCAAGUAA